AUGAGUACACUUCAGUGUCUGCUCCGAGCUGGGAGGGGGCCGUGCAGAGCUGCAGCCAUACUGACGAGGUGUAGCAGCACCAGCACCGUGCAACACGAGCCCUCUGCACUCACUGUCACUGUACAGGAGGGGGGCGUCAGGAAAAUAACUCUGAAUAAUCCACAGAAACGUAAUGCCUUAUCGCUUUCCAUGCUGCAGUCCCUUCAGAAAGAUAUUUCAUAUGAAGUUAAUGAUAUGAAUUUAAGAGUCAUUGUGAUUGCAGCUGAAGGUCCUGUCUUCUCUUCUGGCCAUAAUCUGAAAGAAUUUACAUCUGCACAAGGAAAAGCCUAUCAUGCAGAAGUAUUUAAUGCUUGUGUUAAGCUUAUGAAAACAAUCCAGACGAUUCCAGUUCCUGUUAUAGCUCAGGUUAAUGGAUUGGCUACAGCCGCAGGAUGCCAGCUUGUUGCCAGCUGUGAUAUAGCUGUGGCAUCUGACAGAUCCAAGUUUGCUACACCUGGUGUGAAUGUUGGACUUUUCUGUUCUACUCCUGCUGUUGCUUUGGGAAGAGCUGUGCCAAGAAAGGUUGCCUUGGAAAUGCUGUUUACAGGUGAACCAAUAUCAGCCCAUGAUGCUUUAAUGCAUGGCCUUGUCAGCAAAGUGGUGCCUGAGAAGAACCUAGAAACUGAAACCAUGAGGAUUGCCAGCAAAAUUUGCCAGGCCAGUCGUUCUGUAGUUGCACUGGGAAAAGCUACUUUUUAUAAGCAAAUUUCACAAAACCUAGAAGAAGCUUAUGAGCUUACGUCACAAGUCAUGCUUGAAAACCUUGCCCUAAAGGAUGGCCAAGAAGGAAUAGAAGCCUUCACACAAAAAAGGAAGCCAGUGUGGACUAAUUAA